AUGGAGAACCUGAAGAAAAUGCUGGCGGCGCACAGUUCCGAGGAGCCGCGGUAUUUCGGGCUUCACAUGACAGUAAAGGACAAACGCAUAGACGCAAAUUUGGCUCCCGACGGAUACAUGAGUGGCGCAGGUUACGUGCUGAGCAGCGAGUCUUUGAAGCGGCUGGCAACGCAUGUGUUCAGAGGCGAAACUCCAAACUGCUCUCUUCAUGCCAACCUGACUGCAGAGGAUGUGCUCAUGGCUCAUUGCUUGCAUCAAGUUGGAGUCAAGCCAGCCGACACGAGGGACUCGGAGGGAAAUAUCCGAUUUUCCCACUUUGACGUUGAAACUAUGGCGAAUGGAAAUUUGUCCAAGGAGUUUUGGUACUUGCGCUUUAUUGUCUGGCCUCAACCAGAAGUACGAUUAGAAUAA